UUACACCAGUGUCUACAGUACCUAUGACCUGCGGCUACAUUCCAAAUUCAAAAUGGCUGCUCGACAAGGUCUUUACGUAAUUUCUAGGAUAUCGAGAGGGAUACACACUUCUUGUAGGAGACAGUUCUUGAUUCCUAUGGUGAUCGAACAAACGGGAAGAGGUGAAAGAGCCUAUGACAUAUUUUCACGUCUUCUGAAAGAGCGUAUAGUGUGUGUUAUGGGUCCUAUAUCAGAUGAAUUGUCAAGUCUUGUUGUGGCUCAGCUGUUAUUUCUACAGUCAGAGAAUGAUAGAACACCUGUCCAUAUGUACAUCAACAGUCCAGGUGGCUCAGUUACAGCAGGAUUAGCCAUUUAUGACACAAUGCAAUACAUUCGACCCCCUGUCUCCACAUGGUGUAUGGGGCAAGCUUGCAGCAUGGGCUCCCUGCUGUUGACUGCAGGAAGCCCAGGUUUGAGACAUGCUUUGCCACAUGCAAGGGUCAUGGUGCAUCAGCCUCAUGGAGGAGCAAGGGGCCAAGCUACAGAUAUAGCCAUUCAAGCUGAAGAAAUUCUGAAGCUCAAGACACUCAUAAACAAGAUUUAUGUUAAACACACUGGUCAGUCUCUUGAUGAAAUAGAAAAAGCGCUUGAACGGGACAAGUUUAUGUCACCUGAGGAAGCUAAGGAGUUUGGUUUGAUUGACAGAGUGUUGUCUCACCCUCCACCCACGGAUAAUACUUUGCCAACUGAUGAUCCAGCUGAAAGCUCGUGACCCCACUGGAUCUAACCUUAGGUUGCACAAAAUUUCUUUCUACCAACAUGAUAAGACACUCAAGGACCAAGUUACAGACAUAACUUUAAUGAUGAAAUAAGUGGGUUUUGCGCUCGCAUAUAGUGUUUCCAACACUGACAAAAAGGCUCCCGGUCCUCAGCGAAAGCAAGUCACAACAAGAUUUUUUUUUUUUCAAAGCUAUGAUUCUUAAGCGAUUUGUGAGCGAAAAGUGGAAUAACUGCACAUUAAACGUUUUUUUAAGAAUUUUCCAAA